AUGGGACGUGCAAAGCAGACUAAACGUGGAAGGAGACAAUCAAAGAAGUCAAAAAAGGCAGAUAAUGACGAAGUUGAGUUCGUUUGUACUAUCCAAACACAUGAAGAAGAACAUGAAGAGGAACGUGGGCAGCGACAGGAACAGGAAGAGGAACAUGUGGAGGAACGAGAACCGGAAGAAAAACAUGAGGAGGAGCAACAACAGGAAGAGGAGCGUCAACCAGAGCAACAUAAUGGCGACGAGCCUGAAGGUGAGAUAGAACAUACUCAGGAGGCUGAAGGUGGAACCUCCCGUAAUAAAAAACGUGGUCCAACAAUGAUGAGAGACCUAGCCAAAGAUCCAAAUACCAGAGUUCAUGUCGAUUUCACUUUUAUGGGAGAAGCUUAUGGUCCUGGUUUAGUCAAGCUAUCUUCAUAUUUGGGUCCGUUGGUAAGGGAGCACGUGCCUGUUACAGUUGAAAAUUGGAAAAAAAUUACUGAAGAAGUGAAGACAGUGCUUUGGAAAUCAGUCCAGGAAGCUGUUGGUCAUAUUAUUGCAUGGCCGAAGAAAAAAUGCGUGGAACUAGGUCUGGGGCUUGAACAUGAAGACAUUGCACCACUGGGCUCAAGAGCAAAUUCUCUCAACAAAUGCAAACUUCUGGAUUUGUCUGAUGAUAGUGUAGUUGUUGGUGAAGGGAGUUGGCAGACAAAAGAACCAAAAGCAUUGGUUAAUGGACUUCCUCUAGGACCUAAAGCAAUUAAAGUAUUCUUGGAUGUUGUACAUGAGCAUGAAACAUAUUUAUGGAGGCCUACGAUGGAUCAUUCCUACCUGGAGGACUGCUUACAUUCUUUUAUGUCAUGGCCUGCUAGCAAAGUUGUCUUUGACAAUCCACCAGAAGCAACAAGAGGACAAUCUCCUACGGGUAUGAAAGUUACAUCGGUUGGUUAUAAGUCGCCUACUGAUACAAGUGGUAGAAAAGGUGCAAAAUCAGGAGCAACAACAUCAAUUCAUACUGAGGAGUCUCCUGCAACUGAUCAGUGUCAGCUUAAGCAUGGAUCUCAGACAAUGAAACAGAAUCAGAAGUGCAAAUUGAUGGACAUUGGUGAGAGGAAACAAGUUGUUGCUGAAGGUCGUAUCCAUUCAACAGACCCAACUCAACUGGUCCACUUUGUGCGCUUGGGUCCGAAAGCAGCUAGAGUGUGGGUAGAUGCAGUGCUCGUAGAUGAUGCAGAAGUUUGGAGGAAAUCAGAUGAAAUAGAGAGUUUGAAAGAUGCACACGGUUCAUCAAUUGCAUGGCCAAUUGAUAAAUUGGUCAUAUUUUAAGCUGCUCAGCUGAGGGAAUGAAGAACUUAGGUCCAGAUUUAGCUAGUGUUUAAGCUAGGCUAAUGAACUUGAUGUAUGAUAUUAUUGCUUAUGACUUUGGUUUGUGUUUUAGAACUGCAUCAGUAACACUUAUGUAUAAUGACUUAUGUAUGUCAAACUUAUUUUAUGAAAGGGUUAG